AGUUGUGUGUUGACUUGUGUCCCCCAAAAAGAUAUGAUCAAGUCCUAAUCCCUGGUACUUGUGAUGUGACCUUAUUUGGAAAUAAGGUCUUUUCAGAUGUAAUUAAUUAAGAUGAGGUCAUAUUAUAUUAGGUGGGCACUUAAUCCAAUAUGACUUAUGUCCUUACAAGAAGAGGGACUUUUGGACACAGGGAUGGAGACGCAGACACAGGGAGAAGACAGCCAUGAGAAAACAGGCAGAGAUUGGGGCAAUGCUGCUACAGCCAGGGAGCUCCUGGGGCCACCAGAAUUUGGAAGAGGCCAGGAAGGAUUCUUCCCUAGAGGUUUUGGAGGGAGCAGGGCCCUGCUGAUCCCUUGAUUUUGGACUCUCAGCCUCCAGAACUGUGAGAGAAUAAAUUUCUUUUGUUUUAAGACACCCACUUGUGGAAAUUUGUUGAGGCAAUCCUAGGAAACUAAUACAUAUCUAUCUAUACUUAAUACACUACUUUAGAAUGUUCAGCUCUUUCAAAAGCACAAGGAAACAGCCUCUUGAAAAUGAGUUUUGGGAUAAUAUAAUGGUAGAAGUAUUUAGGCAAGAGAUUUUCACUAAAAAAAAAAAGUGAAGAUUCUAUAGAGUUGAAGUUGUGUGACCCUGAAGCCUUGGUUGGUAGGUUUUCUGCACAUGAAUGGGGCAACCUCAGCCAAGAUCCAGAGAGACCCAGAGAUCCAGCCCAGUGGGUCUCUCGUCAUCAUUCACCGUGCUAUUGACCCAUCUAUUUUUUUUUUAUUACAAAGCAUUCAGCUGAGGUGCCAAUACUUCAGAUGAUUAGGCAGUCUUUCCAGGAGAAAUUGGCAACUGUAGUGUCUGCCAAUACCUGUUAAUAACGCAAACUUCAGGGAUCACUGGUGAUGAAUAAGUGAGCCCAGUCUUUGGCAUGUAUAUAUCUGCUCUCCGUGGCUAUUUUGUGAACUGUGUAAAAACUAGGUCUUACACUUUGUGUUCUGUGUCUCUCGUAGCUAUACACAAGAAUUUCUCAACAAGUUGGCUGCCUUCUAGAACAGUUCGGUGUUGGCCCUAUUAAUGAAAAUAUUGACUUACUGGGAAAAUACAUCUUAUUCAGAGAAAAGAAUUAGUUUGACUGCCAGCGUGUUUUGACUGGGGUGGGGGUUUGGCUUAUUAUUUCCACUUUUAAUUUGUCCUCUGAAUAAUGUCAACAAGAAUAUUGCAUACUUGAGCCAAUUCUAUUAUGUACUUCCGGCUGCUGGUUUUCUUGCCCAACAUCCUUUCCCAAUACUAUGUUGCAUAAUGUAUUCAUGAGAAAAUAUAACUAGUUGGUAGCUGGCAGGGAUUUAGUAUAAAAGAUUUUCCAGUCAUACAACAUUUAAGAGUCUGAGUUUGCUUUUUAAAGAUUGCUAGAUUUUAGCUAUGAUUAUACCAUAUUUUCCAAAAAAUGUGGUGAUUUUUACUCUCCUAGUCCUCAGAGUUGGUGCUCUGGACACUUUUAUUGCCGCAGUAUAUGAGCACGCUGUGAUAUUACCAAACAGAACAGAAACACCCGUUUCAAAAGAUGAGGCUUUGCUCCUGAUGAACAAAAACAUAGAUGUUCUGGAGGAAGCAAUUAAGUUAGCUGCCAAGCAGGGUGCACAUAUCAUUGUGACUCCGGAAGAUGGAAUUUAUGGCUGGGACUUCACAAGGGAGACCAUUUACCCCUACCUGGAGGAUAUACCAGACCCAGGAGUGAACUGGAUUCCAUGCAGAGACCCCCAAAGGUUUGGCCAUGCUCCAGUACAAGCAAGGCUCAGCUGCCUGGCCAAGGACAACUCUAUCUACGUUGUGGCAAAUAUUGGGGACAAGAAACCCUGCAAUGCCAGUGACCCUCAGUGUCCCUGCGACGGCCGUUACCAAUACAACACUGAUGUGGUGUUCGACUCGGAGGGCAGGCUGGUGGCACGCUACCACAAGUACAAUCUUUUUGCACCUGAAACACAGUUUGAUUUCCCCAAAGAUUCGGAAGUUGUGACUUUCGAUACUCCAUUUGGAAAGUUUGGCGUCUUCACCUGCUUUGACAUUUUUUCGCAUGACCCGGCUGUGGUGGUGGUGGAUGAGCUUCAGGUUGACAGCGUCCUCUUACCCACGGCCUGGUACAACGCUCUGCCCCUCCUCUCGGCUGUGCCCUUCCAUUCGGCGUGGGCCAGGGCCCUACGAGUCAACCUGCUUGCUGCAAAUACCCACGACACCACCAUGCACAUGACUGGGAGUGGGAUCUACGCCCCGGAAGCGGUCAAGGUGUACCACUACGACAUGGAGACAGAGAGCGGCCAGCUGAUGCUGUCAGAGCUCAAGUCCCGGCCUCGCCGUGAGCCUGCCUACCCGGAGGCCGUUGACUGGCAUGCUUAUGCCAGCAGCGUCAAGCCAUUCUUGUCCGAACAGCCAGAUUUUCCAGGAAUCAUUUAUUUUGACGAGCUCACCUUCACCGAGCUUAAGAAAAAUACAGGAAAUUGCACAGUUUGCCAGAAAGACCUGUGUUGUCACUUAACUUACCGGAUGUCUGAGAAACGAGCAGAUGAGGUGUUUGUACUAGGCGCUUUCGAUGGACUGCACACAGUUGAAGGCCAAUAUUAUUUACAGAUAUGUACCUUACUGAAGUGUCAAACUACUGACUUGAGAACUUGUGGGGAGCCGGUGGGGUCAGCUUUUACCAAGUUUGAAGAAUUUUCUCUCAGUGGCACUUUUGGGACAAGUUAUGUUUUCCCCCAGCUUAUCCUAAGUGGGACUCAACUUGCCCCCGAAAGACAUUAUGAGGUUUCGAGAGAUGGUCGUCUGAAGAGCCGAAGUGGAGAUCCCCUGCCCAUCCUAGUUAUGGCCCUGUAUGGAAGAGUAUUCGAGAAAGACCCUCCUCGCUUAGGGCAGGGGCCCAGGAAGCACCAAUGUUCCCUUUUCCCAGAGCAAUUUCAGGAUUAGCCCGUCAAAGAGAGAAAGAGAGAAAGAAGAGGCCUUUGUGUCUGCUUAGAAUCGAUUAUCACAAACUUAUCGGAACAAAUGAAACUUCACAAGAUUUAAAAAGCAAUGGAUGUGAGUUUAAAUUUUGUUUCACACAUUUGAAAUAGCACAAGUUCAUUUAUGGGGGCUACAUUCCUCUUCCAUGUAUGUGUGUUUAAAUAUGCUUAUGUAUAAUGAAACAUGUGUGUGUAUUUACAUGGGAGGGCCCUAGAAAAAUCCUUUUCUGUUAACUGCUCCAAUGCAUGAAAACCUAGUUUCCAUGAUUUGUAAAUACUCUGAGUUAAGAUUCAGUUGGACUUUGGUGAACUUUCUAUAUGCCAAGUGUAUUUGAUUUGAUCCUUGUCAAUCAAUACACAGGAAAUCUUGAAAAGACAAUUGCAUCUUUAAAAGUAAUUAUGAAUAACAUUUUAGCUAUAAAUUAAAUUUAUUUAAAUUAAAUUAGCAAAUAACAGAAAAUUAAAAUUGCUCCACUAUCUUAUCAUAACCUGUUUGACUCUUGUGACUUAUUUUGAUGGAAAUUAGAUUCUUAGAUUGGAAAUAAAAUAAAUUAUCCCCUUUAGACUACACUGUUUCCUUUUUAAAUGAUGUUAUCCUGAAAUCUAUGCAAUCCUGUUUAAAGCUCUUGACAUUCGGGGGUUUGUUGCAGUAGAAAAUGCUCUUGGCCCGCCCCUGCCCUCAUCUUUGCAGGAUUCUUUCCCCGGGGCUAUGACUUUCGGAUCUGAGGAUGGUGCCUGUGAUGGAUUGAAUUGUGUACCCCAAGUUAGCCAUUGUUCCAGUUUACUAAUGUUGCCGGGAUGCAAAACACCAGAAAUGGAUUGGCUUUUAUAGAAGGGG